UCACAGACAUCACGCUUUAUUUCACACAAGUACACACACAAAAAAAGCUCUCUUUCCAAUUCCAUCCAUAGCUCUACUUUUUUGAUUGCCCAUUUUUUUAUGUUCCCCAUGGAAAUCAUGCCAUACCCCUCCCUUUCCUCCCUCCCGUGACUAAUUUAACCAAAACCACAUCUCAACAACAAAAAGAAUUAACAAACUCAAAUUCAUUCUCUCGACUUCCUUUCCUCACACAGUGUAUGAAAAAUAAUAAAAAUGGUGGGAAACGGUGGUGUUGAGAGCCCGUCUCCACGACCACGAAUCCACCAAACACAUCCACACGACACGCCUCACUUCCACUCCACUGUCUCCCAACACACCCUCCGCCGUUUUAACUACUUCAUUUUUAUUUUCCGUCUCUCGGCUUUUUGCUUUUCGUUAUCCGCCCUUGUGUUCAUGCUUUUCAGCACCAAGUCUGAUUCGUCUCGUUGGUAUGACUACAGUGCCUUCAGAUUUGUUGUAGCAGCAAAUGCAAUAGUUGCGUUAUAUUCAUUAUUCGAAAUGUUGGCUUCUGUUUGGGAGAUUUCUCGAGGCUCCACAAUUUUCCCUGAAUUCUGUCAAGUUUGGUUUGAUUUCGGGCACGAUCAGGUUUUUGCAUACAUGUUGCUAUCGGCGGCCUCAGCGGGGGCUCAAAUGGCAAGGCAGCUAAGAGGGGUUACCACGUGUACGGCCGAUAAUUCGUUUUGCAUCCAAUCAGAUAUUGCUGUAGCCUUGGGAUUCGCCGGAUUUGUGUCGCUAAUGAUCUCGUCGUUGCUAUCGGGAUUUAGAGUUGUUUGUUUCAUAAUCAAUGGGUCUCGAUUUCAUAUGUAAUAUUAUUGUUUAAUUAAUUGGUAGAGAGACACACCGGAUUUUAUUUUCUUCAUUUGAGCGGGUAAUGUUAGUGUGUGUUGAGGAAUUUAUAUGACACGGUAUGCCGCGUUUUGUUAUCCUUCAGUGGGUUUGUGCCACGUGGUGACGUUUAUGCUUAUCUGGCUGUCGAAGUUAAGAUAAUGUCCGUGAUUCGUUAAAAAGGGACUUGUUUGAUUAACAAUGGAUUUUCAGCUUGUAUUUUA